GAAAUUGAGUUUGACGUUUAAGUUUUUACUGUGAAGUGUGAACCGUGAAAAAUCGAAUGUCCAUUUGGAUUCUCGGAAUACAGUAGCUAAAAAUUUUCUAAAGGAAAUUAGCAAAAAGCAAAAUGGCCAACCUCCUUAUGCGUCAAGCACUUAUUAAUGCAAUCCGUGUUCCGGUUGGUACCCGAUCUGUUAGUGAAUUAGCUAAGAUUGGGAACCGUGAGUGGGUAGGAUAUGGUUUCAAUGGACAGCCCAACUAUGUCGACAGGCCUGACUACCCUUUGCCUGCUGUCCGAUUCGGUGUAGAAACACCUGAUGUCAAAGCCCUCCGUGAAAAAGAAAAGGGUGACUGGCGCAAGCUUACUAUUGAAGAAAAGAAAGCACUCUACAGAGCAUCCUUCUGCCAGACCUUCGCCGAGUUCCAGGCUCCAACUGGACAAUGGAAGGGAGCUGUGGGAUGGGCACUCUGUUUGGCCUCAUUGUCCCUUUGGGUGUACAUGGGAGUUAAAAUGUUUGUAUACAGCCCACUUCCGGAGUCCUUCAGCGAGGAGUCUCAGAAGGCUCAGCUCCGCCGUAUGCUUGAUCUCAAGGUCAACCCUAUCGAUGGAAUGUCCUCCAAGUGGGACUACGAGAACAACCGCUGGAAGUAAAUGGUUGUCUUAAUGCGUUUCGUGGAGGCUGGUGUAGUGUAGACAACGUUAUCGUAAAUAAUUAUAUUAUCGUUCUGUAAGAUAUGCAAAUAAAAUUGUGAUUCCA